GGCUUACAGUCGAUUUUAAGCCGCCGAUGUUUUUAGUGUCAGCCGCCGCUGCCUUUAUUAUUUUUCGGCGCAGGGCUCUGUACCUGGCUCACAUUGUAGUUCUUAACGUAUUGUGAUAUAGUUACGAGAUGUUAAACUGUUGGAUAAGAUUGAACAAUUUGCCAACAUGCAGCACAAUAAGAUUGAUGUCUGCAUAUCCAAAACAUUUUAUUGACCCAAUUUAUAGUAAAAAUCAACAAAAUGAAAGCAAAAUAGCUGACGAAUAUAAUAAAUUGAUUCAUAUUCCAACCAAGGCAACCAAAAACGACGAAUCCUCAUCGAUUUAUUAUAACGAAAUUGUAAAAAAGAUGGUUAACUACAUUACCAAAAAGGGCAACAAAAAACUUGCAAGAACUAUUCUUGAAAAUAGUUUUGAAUGCAUGAAGCGUACACAGAUUGAACGCAUUCAUUUAGGAAAGCAUCAAGGAUGUACAACAAUUGAUCCGUAUUCUUUAAUUAUUCAAGCUAUUGAAAAUAGUCGCCCUCUUAUGCAAUUGAUGGCAAUUAAAAGGGGCGGUGUGACCUAUUCUGUUCCUGUACCUCUUGCGGAAAAGAGGUCAUAUUUUUUAGCCAUGAAGUGGAUUUUGGAUGCUGCUAAAGAAAAGGAAAGAAAUAUACAUUUACCGGAAAAGUUAGCUUGGGAAGUUUUAGAUGCUGCGUACGGACAGGGAAGAGUUAUUAAAAGGAAAAAUGAUUUACAUAAACAAUGUGAAAGUAAUAGAGCUUAUGCACAUUACAGAUGGAGUUAAUAUGUUAAAAUAUUCUUUAAUAAAGCUGUGAAAGGACAGAACAUCAGGCCUAUUCUGAAUAAUAAACUCCCGGGAAGUCUGUUCCCUCUCCUACACAUAAGGCAUGAAAUAGAUAAUAAACUCCCUGGGAAAUAUUGUUCAUAAAUGGCCUGCAUAUGUAUUGUAUCUUUUUAUUAUAAUUAUACCCAA